UUUUCAUCAGGCACUCGUCGUAUAUUAUGUCCGCAAGGAAGGUUGGUGUCACUGACAGUACAGUAUCGUUCGCUGUAGUUAGCUAAAUGUGUAUGGCAAAUAUAGUCUGUUUUAUUUCUUAUAUUGGUAUCCCCUCAACUCUUUAAACAUUCCACCCAAAAAGAACAGACCCUUUACCAAAACAUUUGGACCGCUGUCUUACGGCCUGGCUCUCCCUGUGCAGAUUAAGAGCAUUUGCGCAGACGGGGGGGUAAUCCACCCCGGGCAGGUGGACUUCAACGCCGAGCCGCCUUGGGAUCCCAGCUGAUAGAGGGAGAGGUUCUGUCUCCUGACUGAUCUGGUUUGAUGCAUAAUUGCAGGACCCCAACCGCUUGCCCUGGACUCUGACUAGACAGCUUUGCGGAACACGGCUGAGAUGAAAGGACUUUCUGAUGAACCAAACUACAUCAUUGAUGUUUUGGAGGGAGGGGUGACCCUUGCCGACGUAAUCGAUGACCAUAUUUACGAGCAGGAGCUGGCUGAGAGGAAUGCGUUCUUCGUGGCAGACCUGGGGGUCCUGAUGCGGCAGCAUGCCCUGUGGCAGACCCACAUGCCCCGCGUGCGGCCCUUCUACACGCUCACAUGCAACAGCAGCCCCGCUGUCCUCCAGGUCCUCGCUGCCCUCGGCACAGGCUUCGUCUGCGCCAACAAGAGUGAGCUGGCCCAGGCGCUGAGUUUGGGGGUCGACCCUGAGAACAUCAUCUACAGCGGGGCCUACAAGCAGCUCUCCCACAUCAAACACGCCGCCAAGACCGCCGUCGACCUGCUGGUGUGCGACGGUGAGAUGGAGCUGCGCAAGAUCGCUCGCUGCCACCCCGGAGCCAGGCUGCUGCUGCAGGUGGCCACAGCCUGCUCCCAGGAGGAGGAGGACACGGGCCUGACCUUCGGAUGCUCUCUGAAGAGCUGCAGACACCUGCUGCAGUGCGCCAAACUGCUGGGCCUGCAGGUGGUGGGAGCCAAGUUUCAUGUCCCUGUUGCCUGUAGCGACCCGCUAGCUUACCACCAUGCAAUGUCUGACGCCCGCUGUGUGUUUGAUAUGGGGGAGGAGCUUGGCUUUAACAUGACGGUCCUGGACAUCAGCACGGGGUUGAGCGGACCAGAGAUUCAGCUGGAGCAGAUUGAAGCUGCCAUCCAGCCUCUGUUGGACGUGUACUUUCCCCCCCUGUCUGGGGUGGACGUUGUGGCCGAGCUGGGGAGCUACUACGUCUCCUCCGCCUUCACCCUGGCGGUCAACGUCAUCGGCAAGGAGGUGCUGCCCCACCGUGCAGACGAGUGGUCUCCAAACGGCAAGCCGGAGUUCCUGUACUACCUGAACGACGGGGUGUAUGGGUCUUUUGGCAGCAAGCUGCUGGACGACACCAUCCCUGAGCCUUUGGUGCACAAGGAAUCUUUGAGGUCGGAGGAAGCUGUGUUUCCCAGCAGCCUCUGGGGCCCGUCGUGUGAUGAGCUGGACCAGGUGGUGGAGCGUUGCUUGCUGCCUGAGCUGAACGCGGGAGACUGGCUCGUCUUCAGCAACAUGGGAGCCAAUAGCCUGGGACGGUCCUGCACUGCUGCAGAGAAACCCCCCGUGUACCAUGUCAUCAGUCCUGAUGAUUGGUACGAGAUGCAGGAGGCUGGAAUUGCUCUGGACACCAACAUGAAGGACCUGCUGUUAGUCCCGUAUUGCCACUAGCCCGCCCCGUAGGCCAGUCACUCCCAUCUGAGCCCCAUCCCACCCUGAGCCCCUUUCCCACGGAACUGCUGCCUCAGUCCUCCAGCGCUGCACAACGGAAUUACCUCAAGCCGAGCAUCUUCCAGCUUUUCCACCUUCCAGAAGACCUGAGGCAUGUUUCCAGAGAGAGGGGAAAUCGCUCUCAACGCUGGACUCGCGGUGCUGCAUUUCCGCUAGAAAAUUCCAGUCUACAUUUCCGUGAUUUAAAAAAACGAAAACGUAUGACAUUCAUGAGCCAUGCGCAUUAUUGAUGCAGUUACCAUUUAACAGCCUUUUAAGACAUUUGUCCCUUCAACUCAUCGGUUCAUCUAGAUAUUGAUCUGAUUUGAGCACGUGAUUCUUUGAAAAUAAUUACAUUAUUUUGCUUUGAACUUGCAUAGUAAAUAAAUUCAGACUGAUUACUUGUUAUUCUAUGACAGCCCAACCUAUUCACAAUUAGAACUAACAAUUGAUUCAGAUUGAUUAUCUGAACUGAAAAAGCUAGACUGUACAAAAUCCUGAGUUAGAUUAUUUGUACUCCCCCUCUAAGAUAGUGUGUCAGUAGUUCCCAUUGUUUCACCGGUCAGUAUUAUGUUUUGAAUGGUGCUUUUACCAGUUUUUGUCAAACAAAAUGGCGGUACAUUACCUUGACCUAUUCAUUUUAAAGAAAAGGUUGAUGUCAGGCUGUCAUAUUUCUUGACCAUGGAGCUGAUGGGAAAUUGAGAUUAGGAAAGCACAGAGGACUCCUGUUCAAUCUUGCACUGAGGGCAUUUCUGAAAGCUGUUUCAGAGAUCCAGAAGGUGGAGUUAUGCAAUGACUAUUGUUUCCUGAGCACAGGGUAAGUGUUGCGGGCAACAUCCUGGUGGUCAGCAUCGUCCAACGAGGUUGCGUCACCAGUAUGACGGAGGUCUGUGAGAGAGUGGCUCGUAAGCCGUGAUGGGUUCCUUAAUGCAGGUGCAGACUGCUGUGAACUUCUGCCCCUUCGUGUCCUGUAGAGCUGAAGUUUUAAUAUGAUGAGAUUAUUUAAUUGUCCGCUACUGUUUUUUUCCUGAAAAUAAAAUCCAACCUUGUGGGGGAUACGAAGGCAAGCUGUAAUUUAAAUCAGACAUUUUGUCUUGCACUAAUGGACCACAGCCUUUGUAAAGUUGUAAUUAUUAAAUAAUUAAAGUGAUUAAUUUAAUACA